GUCAUGGCACGACACGGUAGAAGAUUUCCUUAACAUAGCCGGCCCGCUACCGACGAUGACGAGCGAAGCAAGGGUAGCGCCCUGGGAAGUUGCCAAGGUAUCCAUCGAGCUACGGAUCAAGCGCCUGCGAGCCAAAAAAGUUGGACCGAUCAACGCUCUCAGAGAAGCUGUGGAAAAACACAUCGAAGAACGCUACGGUGGUUGGCUGCAGAUAUACACGGACGGCUCCGUAAACAAGGCUAGAACAUCCAGCACGGCAGCUUUCUACAUCCCGGAGUUAGCCCUGGAAUGGUGCGGCAGGCUACAGGCGCCUACAUCCUCCACGACGGCCGAGCUAGUGGCUAUUGACAAGGCCCUCCAAGCGGCUGCCCAGCUGUCACCUCACCGGAUGGUGCUCCUCACCGACUCAAGUGGAUCCCAGGACACACUGGCAUUAAGGGCAACGAACGGGCUGACAGUCUGGCCGGUGAAGCUCACCUAGCGCCUCGCACUGUCCCCACACCACCACACCCACAGCAGGCGGCACUCAACGUCCACUGGCACCUUCAAGACAGCAAGCCAAAACCGGCGCUACCAAGAGGUGCGCUGUCCGGCCUAUCUCGGGCGGCGCAGACUCUUGUGCGACGCCUGCGCACAAACACGGCCUACACGAAUGCUUUCCUUACGAAGAUAGGUAAGGGGCAGCACCCACUUUGCUCCCAGUGUAACUCCGCAGAGACGGUGGAACACAUUCUGUGUGUCUGCCCAGCAUACGAAACUCAACGAGCAGCACUGCGCAAAAGACUUGGCAAGAGCGACCUCACAACAAAUGACAUCCUUGCACCCGACGGUUCCGGACGAAAGUGUCAGAACAUCCUGAAAGCCAUGUUGGCAUUUCUACGAGACACAAAAACCAUAACCCGACUUUAAUUUUUUUUUUUUUUACGUUACCUGCCCAUGCCAGCUACCCCGUGCUAGGCUAACCUAGGUGACGUUUAAAACCAAACGACG